GGAUUCCAGUCCAAGAGAACGAUGGCAAAGAUAUCAUAUAGCAUUAAACUAUCAUGGAAACUCGAUCGCUUUAGAAUUGUAUACCAUCUUCGAUCACUUCAAACCUUCAAAAAUUCCUGAUGAACUUUCCGUGAUGGUUACUUAUCGUGAUUGGGAAAAAUAUGCAUUAGAUUCGAGAGAAACUAAAGAUGGUGUUUGGGUAAUGUUUGAUGAUGGUUCACAAGAAAUUUGUGAUAUCUUAGUUGGCGUAGAUGGAAUUAAUUCUCCAGAGGCAACCCGAAUUACAAAUUUUCGAUAUUGGAUUAACAAAAUAUCAAAACAACUUAUGGACAGAUUCAUAAAGUUACAAGGAAAUAGUUUAUUCCAAAAGUCUCUCAGAUUACAUGGUGAUUCGUCAACGCUUAUUUUUCAUCUAAUUCCAAUCGAGCAAGAGCAAGGUUAUGAGAAUAAAAGCAAUUCUAAUGAGCUUAUUACAGAGUAA